GUCAUUAAUAUUAGUUUGUAUACAUUUCCACGAACCUUCAAAUAUUUACGAUAUAUUUUCUUUUAAGUUCGUUUUAUGUGACUGCGGAUUUUUCACGGCCACAGUUUGGACGUUUUUUAAAUUGAUGGUGAUAUACCAAUAAUUUUAUUUAUGGAACUACAGCUAAGUGGUAAGCUUAAAGCUUCUAUUGCUGUGACAUUUUCACUUCAAAUUAGGCGCUCCAUGGCAGCGGUAAGUAAGAACACUUUUAUUUAAAUCACUUUUUACAAACCCAUUGUCAGUGCGAUAAUUGAAUUUGUUGGCCAAAUAUUUGCCAGUGAAUUACUGAUUUAAUUGGCGUCUAGAAGCGGUAAAAGCUGGGAACAUUUUAUUUGGCUCAUUAACAUGCUUCGCACGCUUUAGCGACUGCCAAAGUGUGUUUAUGACCACACCAUAGUCCUUCUAUAGUGUUUUCCAUCCCAGAUAACAUAUCUAAGAUAACUCAACUUUCGGCAAUCUCAGCUCCAUUGGGCACUUCACCUAACUUAGCUGGCAUUUUCCCAGAAGACCACAGCCAGCAUGGACACCUUCAGAUUUGGCACCGUUGACUACACGGUCUUCAUGGGCGGCACCAUACUAUCCAUCGCCAUUGGGCUGUACUUCGGUUGGAUAAAGAAGACCAAGAAGACGGUGGAGCCCGAGACGUCGUCGACUUUGGAUUCCCCGGAAAUAACCAUGCCGAAUUUCGGAUCGAAGAAGAUGAACGAGUAUCUGAUGGGUUCGGGCAAUCUGAAGGUGUUCCCAGUCGCAAUGAGCCUGAUAGCCAGUUUCAUUUCGGGCGUUGCUAUACUGAGUACUCCUUCAGAGAUCUACAACUAUGGCACGCAAUAUUUCCUGAUUGUCGUAGCGAUUGCCAUCCAAGGACUAGUGGUAUCCUACAUCUACUUGCCCGUGUUUUCCGCUCUCCAAGUGCGAUCAUCUUAUGAGUACUUGGGAUUGCGCUUUCACCCGGUCAUACGGAACAUAGUAUCCAUAAUGUUUGUCAUCGAAAUGCUACUCUACACGCCUUUUGUGGUCUAUGUGCCGGCCCUUGCUUUGAACCAGGCUUCCGGCCUAGAUAUUCACAUAAUAGAGGUGGUGACCAUUGUGCUGUGCGUCAUAUACACCCUAUUGGGCGGCCUUAAGGCGGUGGUGCAUACGGAUAUCUGGCAGGUUGCGAUCAUGUUUGUCUCCGUCCUGGUUGUGGCCAUCCUAGCCACCUGCAACAUCACCGACAUGGGUGAAUUCUUCGAAAGUCUGGCGGCCGGAGGACGACUCAUAAUUGGCAACAUCGAUCCCUCGCCAUUUGUGCGUAAUACGGUGUGGAGCGUGGUGAUCGGUGGCAGCUUCUACUGGACCUCCAUUGCGGCAGUGCACCAGACCAUGGUGCAUCGGUAUAUGUCGUUGCCCAACUUGCGGAUGGUCAGGACUUCCAUUGCCUACUUUGUCGUGGGAGCGGUCAUCUUUUACACCGUUCUCAGCUUCUUGGGACUGCUCAUCUUUCACAUGUACAAGGACUGUGAUCCAUUGAGCGCAGGACACAUCAUGAAUAACGAUCAGCUAGUGCCCCUCUUUGUGGUCCAGAGUGUGGGUCACAUCUAUGGAAUGCCCGGGCUUUUCAUAGCCGGUCUUUUUGGAGCUGGCGUGAGUUCGCUUUCCGUGGCCUUCAACUCUACAUCCUUGGUCAUACUACAGGACAUAGUCCGCGGCUGUUUCAAGAUGCAGCCGGGCGAAAGAACAUCCACGAUUAUCGUUAAGUCCACCAUCGUAAUCAUGGGUGCUGUGAUAUUUGGCUCGGUCAUUCUGCUGGAGAAAGUGAACGGCAUCCUGAGCAUCUGCAUGUCGCUGGUGUCCAUCGUCACUAGUUCCACUUUCGGAAUAUUCACGCUGGGUAUGCUGAUUCCUUGGGCGAACACAGUGGGCACCUUAGUGGGCGGAAUCACGUCCUUUUUCUUGACCGCCUGGAUUACUUUCGGCACGCAGAUUGCCGCGGCAUCCGGACAACUGCUUACCCAUAAGCUUCCUAUGUCGCUCGAAGGGUGCACCGGCAAUGUGACUGCUCCCGAAGUUGUUGCGGUGGACGAGGAGCAGGUGUUCCCACUGUACCGACUCUCAUUCCAGUGGAUAAACCCCAUCGGAGUGCUUACCGUCGUCAUUGUGGGCUCCCUGGUCUCUCUGGUGACCAGACCCACGGAUAUCAAGAGUCUCCAUUCGGAUUUGAUAUCUCCAGUGAUCCACAGAUUCCUGCCAAAAGAAUGCUUUAAACAACGCAAUGUCCAUAAAAACGCGGGCAACGAUAUUUCCACUAUCACUUAAAAUUAAUUUUUAUGUUGUUUAUGAAUGUAAUGUAAUGUUUCCCUGCAUUUGAUAAGUUAUAUUAAACUAAAGUAACGAACAAAGUUUUGGAAAAUAUCUGCUAAAAUACUUUAAGCAGUAUUUAAUAAGUUUAAAUAUUCCAAAUUCUCACAUUGGA